UUUACCACUUUCUCAUUGAGAAGUUUCUUUCUUAACUUCCCUUGCAAAUCAUGCAUUUAACACUUUCCCAUAUAAUGAACAUUCCUGUACAUUUUCUUACUGUAUCAAUGGCUCCCUUUCAUUCAGUGCUGAUUCUCCUUUUCCUUGCUACCAUUUCUCUCUCUUCUACACGAGUAGAGGCCCAGUUCAGUGCAUCAAGAAACAUAAGCUUGGGGUCUUCUCUCUCCACGACCCCAACUGGUAACAAUCAAAGUUUCUGGCUUUCCCCCUCUGGUAACUUUGCCUUUGGCUUCUAUCCUCUCUCUAUCACCCAAACAUUUUUGGUUGGAAUUUGGCUUGAAAACACCCCUGAAAAAACUCUGGUUUGGUUUGCAAACAGAGAUUCUCCUCCUCUCUCUAAUGGCUACUCCAUCAUCCUAAAUACUGAUGGCAGGCUCAUAUUGAGAGACAGUCAAACCCAAGAAACACCCAUAUCGGAUAACUCAUUACCAGCUUCUCUAGCCUCCUUGUUUGAUAAUGGCAACUUUGUUUUGUACAAUUCACAGUCUCAUUUAAUUUGGGCAACCUUUGAUUCACCAACGGACUCAAUUUUAUCUGGUCAGAGCCUGAAGAAUGCAUUCAAUCUUGCCUCUAAAGUCUCAGAAUCCAAUUACUCGACUGGUAAGUAUCGGCUAGUAAUGCAAGUGGAUGCCAAUUUGGUGCUCGCUUAUGUUGUACAGGGAGCAAAGACCUACAUUACAUCUGACGACGUAUACUGGUCUAGUGAUACAUAUAAUGGAGGGACCAAUGUGUCACUGAAUCUAGACCCAGAUGGACAUAUGUAUCUAAUUGAUGCAAAUAGUUCAAACAUAAAGAACAUAACAAACUCACAAGCUCGAAGGUCUAUAUAUAGAGCAACAGUUGGAAUUGAAGGGAAUUUUCAAUUGUUCUCUCACAAUUUAGAGGCAAAUGGAACCAUGAGCAGCUCAAUUAUUUGGUCUGCAAUCUCAGAGCAAAACCCGUGCGAGAUUAAAGGCAGAUGUGGGUUCAAUAGCUAUUGUCUACAAAAGAGCACCAAUUAUAGUUGCCAUUGCCCAGUUGGUUUUGAGUCUAUAAACCAAGAUGAUAGUUCUCAAGGUUGCAAGAAGAAAUUUGUGGAUGCAGAAUGUGGAGACAAAAGUGGAAGCAACAGCUUUGAAAUGAUUCCUUUGGAAAACACAAUAUGGAUUGAUAACUCUUAUGAAGCUGUGGUUACGAAUGAACAGAGUUGCAGGCAAGAUUGCUUGAAUGAUUGUGAGUGUGCUGCUGUUCUAUUUCAAGACCAAAUUUGUAGCAAGCAAUCUCUUCCUUUGAGAUAUAUGAUGCCUGAUUUCCAAAAUUUAACAAAUGCCUUUAUAAAAGUCGGAGGAAAUGGCUUGAAACAAUCACAAAAUAAGAUGCUAUGGAUUGGUAUUGCACUCACCAUUUCCUUUUUUAUUCUUGUAUUAGUUUCAGUCUUUCUUUUCAUUUACUCACGGUACCGAAGGUAUCAGAGGCUUCCAAAACAGAGCAAAUCUAGAGCAGAAGACUCCAAUUUGAGAUCGUUUAGUCAUGGCGAGCUCGAAAAGGCCACAGGGGGGUUUAAGGAGAAUUUAGGAAGAGGGGCUUUCGGGACAGUUUUCAGAGGGCAGUUGCCCAAUGGUGUUAGCAUUGCAGUGAAGAAGCUUGAGAAGAUAGUGGAAGAUGGAGAGAAAGAGUUUCAAUCAGAGGUGACCACAAUUGGGAAGACCCAUCAUAAGAAUUUGGUUCGAUUGCUUGGCUAUUGUGAUGAAAGCACUCACCGACUUCUUGUUUACCAGUUCAUGAGCAAUGGGUCCCUUGCAAACCUACUCUUAAAGAGAGAAAUGAGGCCAAAUUGGGCACAGAGGGUCCAAAUCUCUCUAGGAAUAGCAAGGGGACUCCUAUACUUGCACGAAGAGUGUGAGACACAGAUCAUACAUUGCGACAUAAAGCCUCAAAACAUACUCUUGGAUGAGAAGAAAAUGCCUAAGAUAUCUGAUUUUGGGCUUGCAAAGCUUAUGGGCCCCGAUCAAACAAGGACUAUGACAGUUCUUAGGGGGACGAGGGGGUAUUGGGCUCCUGAAUGGCACAAAAAUAUGCCGAUCACUGCAAAAGUGGACGUGUAUAGCUACGGCAUCAUGUUGUUAGAGAUCAUAUGCUGUAGGAAGAGACUAGAGAUUGGUGUAGCCGAUGAGGAAAUCCUAUUAAGUGACUGGGUUAACGAUUGUUUUGAACGGGGAGAAUUGGAGAAAUUGGUGAGGGAAGAGGAAGUAGAGCAGUGUGAAUUGGAGAGGCUGGUGAUGGUAGGAUUGUGGUGUAUGCAAGACAAUCCAAACAUGAGGCCUUCCAUGAGGAAAGUCGUAUCCAUGCUUGAAGGCCUGGUUGAAAUACCUCGCCCACCUAAUCCAAGCCUGUCUGAGUGAGAUCUCUCUCUCUCUCUCUCUCUCCCUCUCUCUUACGUGUAUUUAUGUAUCACAUAACAUAGUACAAUUUUCUAAUAAAAUAUCUUUGAUAUUUAUGAUUCAGUUUGACAAAAUAAUGCCCAAAAUGAAGCUCUGGACAUUGUGCUUCAUUUUUCAGUUAA